GGAACAUAGUACAAACAAGGCCUGACGGCUGACGCAGAGUGUUUGUGUUGUGAAUACUACGCAGUCGCAGCUCAUUGAAGAACAAUCCUACUUGGCUAAGGAAAAUCAACCUCACUCACCCUUCUCUCUUCUCUUGGAAGAUUGCAUGAUUUUGGAAAAAUGGGCUCAGACUUGGAGAUGAAUGACAAGUCAGAAGAAGCUGCCCUAGAAAAAGAGAAUAUAGCUGUCCCUGCCACCGCGUUUUCAGAAUCAGAAGAACAAAAGGUGGUUCUGCGGCCUGGAACUAACUGUAAGGGAAUUGAACAAACUCCUGUGUCCUGUGGGAAUGAGGAGGAUGUGCAAGUUAAUAUUGUUGGGAGUGGGUGCAUAAGCUCUGGUGGCAAGGUGGUGGAAGAUGCCUGUGAUGAUUUCAGUGAGAAUGAGUCUUCCAGUUACAGUUCUUUUGGUGAUACUGAUACAGGUUCUGACGUGGAGAAUGCCUCAGGCUCGGCAUUCAGCAAUGCCGAAGAUGAAUUGCCAAUGUUUGAUGUGCCACUUCAAUCGAGAAAGAAAAAGGUGACAGAUCAUUGGAGGAGGUUCAUUCAGCCAAUUAGGUGGCGCUGUAAGUGGUUAGAAUUGCAACUGAAGAGACUGAACUCUCAAGCACAGAAAUAUAAUAAAGAGCUUGCGGCAUAUGAUUAUAGAAAGAAGCUCGAGUUUUCGAAGUUCACAGUAGAUGGAUGUGGUGUCAAGUCAGUACCUAUAUCUGAUGGUUUUUGUACGGAUAAAGUUAUGAAGAGAAAGAAAAGGAAGAGAGAUGAAGAGUGUGAUUUAUCAUCGUACUUGUCAAACCAUAGUAUAUUCUCCUACUAUGAGAACAAAGACCGUGCUCAUGGUGCUUGUUUGGAAGAUUUUGGUGGUGUUGCCACGAUGAAAUCAGGAGAUAAUGCCGAUAAUUUAGAUGAGUUCCAGUUCAAGGCUUUGUGGUCUUCGGUAGAUCAUGAAGAUAACAAAUCCUUGGAUGACAUCAUUGAAACAAUUGAAGCAGUGAUGUCACAAGUUCAGAAAUUGAAAACUCGGGUUGAUAAUGUGGUUAGUGAAAACCCAGGAAAGUUCUGUUCUGUAACUCAAUUGAGCAUGAUUAGGCCAUCUAAUGGAUUUAAUCAUUUUGGUCAUAAUUCUGCUACUUUUGCUGGUAAUGGAAACACAAUGCCAGUUAGUUUUGUCCAUGCUUCAUCCCAGCUUAAAUCUGAGCCAUACAUGGAAGAUGUGCUUACGACUGAAAAUACACUAUCAACUCGGGAAGGGAUAACUCCCUUUAUUGAAACCACCAAUAGGCCGCUGCGUGAAGUUCCAUGGGGAAAUGCAGCUAAGGAAGAGCCUCAUGAUUUUGAAUAUGUUGGAAAUCAGCUUGUGGAGGAAGCCGAGGAAUCAGUUGAAGAUCUGAAAUCCAUUUCCCCUGCACAAGUUUCAGAACCUGACUUGUUCACUGAGAAUGCUGCACAUAACACACAUUCUACUUUGAAAGCAUGUUCUACAUCGAGGUCAAAUUUUCCUAGGAACACAAGGAGGGGAAGGAAGAAUUCUGGCCCAAGUUGGAGCCGGAGGUAAUGAUUAUUUCUGGAGACAGCUGGAGGAACUUAAAAUUUAUAUAAAAAAAAUGCUGCAGCAUAGUAAUGUGUAAAUUCUGGUUAUGUCAUGAGUACUUUUUCUUACAUCAAGAAAUGAGUCCAAUUUUCCAUGACGUGAAUAUACGUAGGAUGCUCUGUCUUCAUAGGAAGCUAGUUUAUUCGAGGAUUCUUAUUCAAGGGAAUAAUGUUUCAUGAUUAUC